AUACAUAUUCAUAUAAAAAUACAAAAAGCAGCCGCUAAGAUGUCUCGCCAGAUGGAUAUGCGAGAGGCUAUUCUCUCCAGAGCCUUAAAGCGCUCCCUCCUAUACGAUUCGCAGCGUAAAAUGAAGUUCCUGGAUAUCGUUGUGGUGCUACCAGAGCCGCCUGAGAAGCCUAACCGCACAGUCCAUCAGCCCAUGGUGCGGUCCAAGAGCUCAAACAGUAUUGAUCGCAUACUGUGGGAGGAGGAACCAGAACCAUUGGAUCCAUACACAGAGCUCCUGCCAUUGGGCCAAAAGUCAGUGGCCGUCUGCAAGGAAGAGUUCUUCCAGCAGAAGGCCAACAAUGGGUUCGGUAAACGGAUCAAACCGUUCUCCGGCCCCUGGCAUAAUGUGCAGCCGAAAAAGCUGUUGGCGGAGCUGAUCGCCGUAAUGAACCCCGAGGCGCCCAAGGAAGCCACUCAGCUCGAAACGAAUCUAGAGGCGGAGGAAUCACUAGAAGACAAAGCGAUUGAAAAUCGCAUCAAUGAGGCCAUGCUCUACUUCAUGGAAGCGUCAAACCCUUUGAUAGACGACCAGUUGGAAAUUCUGUCCAAGCUUAUGAACUCCAAAGACGAUACGAACCAGCAGUCAGAGGAGCAGGAUCCCAAUGUGGUUAAACGUAAGAAAAAUAAGAAGAAGCCCCAAAAGCGGAACCGCAAGAGGAAUAAGGGCUAUAUACCAAACAAGGAUACCACUUUGGACUGUCCUGAGGAGGCUAAUGCUGAGUCUGCUUCGGGGCAGACCACCAACCUGGACCCUGAAGGCGCAGCAAAGACCGAUGCUGCCCAUGACAAGUCCCUGGACACAGGCGCCAGCAUUGAACCCCAAGCAAACCCCGAUUCCGAAGAAGCUGGACCCAAGUCUUUUGCCCCAAAGGUGGACGUGGACACAAACGAGAAGCCCAACAACUUGGAAGCCAAAGAUGAAAUUGUGGUCGAUGCAGCAGGAGAGCAAGCUCGAUUCGACACCGAAGAAGGGGAUCCACAGAUGCCCUUUGCAUUGACACUUUAAAAUCAAUUUUCAAUUUCACAUCUUUUGGCCAAUAUUGUUUUUUAAAUUCUAGUUAUGGUCCGCUGUUUAAACGCCUCUGAGAACA